UCCUUCGGAGCCACACAUCCUCGUGUCGCGGUACAAUAAGCCCUAUUUUUUGCCAAAAACUUUCAGUGAACGCAAUCUUGUUUACAAAUAUUUAAAAAUGAAGAAAAAGACUUUUAUCAAUUUGUUGAUAUUAUUGGCUAUAAAUUGUUUUUAUGUGUCGGGAGGUGAUAUAGAUUUUUCUGAAAAAAAUGGCGAAUUUUACACUGACGAUGCUGUUUAUAUAAACGCUGUGGAGCGAACGAAGCGUGAAUCAAACAAUACACGCGACGAAAAACAACUUUUAUAUUUACAAACAAGACAGACGCAUGAUGAAAGUUUUGGCUUAGAUUGUGAAACAACACUAGGGAAAAAAGGAACAUGCAAGAGUUUCCGCGAUUGUUACCCAUUAUUCAAAGUGGCUGAGUUGUCUGGAUAUGAUGGCUGGGUGAUGGGCCACUAUGACACAUGCAGCUACAUCAGUGGAGAUAACACUGAGGUAUUUGGUGUAUGCUGCACGGAACCGGUAGGCACGCCACCGCAACAAGAACCUGAUGUACAAAGGCUGGGUAUCCUUAGACCCGCCAUACCUCUGCAAAUACCUGGUUUCCCAGGACGCUCCCAGCCAUUCGCGUUUGCUUCUCAAUGGCUGUACAAUAACGCAAACCAAAGACAGAUACCAGCGCAAUGGCCGCCCACGAUACCGCCACUGCCAACUCAUCCACCAAACCACACGCCAGCAACCCACCCUCCUUCUUUAAUUGGUGGGCAAGUUACGCCUGUGCGGCCUACGAUCCCUUCACAGACUCCGCCAACCACGACCUGGGGUACGAGACCGCCAAGCACGACAAAACAAACAUGGCCCCCAUUAUACCCGACCCAACCGACCAAACCUCCAACGCAACCAGGAACUGACAGCUCAUGCGGUAUCAAAAAUGGAGCCCAGACUUACGAGAGCACCCAAGAUGAGGAAAGGAUUGUUGGAGGACACAACGCCGAGUUAAACGAAUGGCCCUGGAUAGUGGCUCUGUUCAAUAAUGGUCGCCAAUUCUGUGGAGGCUCCUUAAUAGAUAAUUCGCAUGUUCUGACAGCGGCGCAUUGUGUGGCACACAUGACAUCCUGGGAUGUUGCUCGUCUUACAGCCAGAUUGGGUGACUACAACAUAAGAACGAAUUCUGAAACUCAACAUAUAGAGAGGAAGAUCAAAAGAGUUGUCAGGCAUAGAGGAUUUGAUAUGCGCACUUUGUACAACGAUGUGGCUAUCUUGACACUGGAUCAACCAGUCACAUUUACGAAGAAUAUUCGACCCGUUUGUUUACCUUCGGGGGGAAGAGCUUAUGCCGGUCUCACGGCUACCGUCAUUGGAUGGGGAAGCCUUAGAGAGAGUGGACCACAACCGUCUGUUUUACAAGAAGUAUCGAUACCAAUAUGGUCCAAUGCAGAGUGCCGCCUCAAGUACGGCUCUGCGGCUCCGGGUGGUAUAGUAGAACAUAUGAUUUGCGCAGGAAAAGCGAGCAUGGAUUCUUGCAGCGGUGACAGUGGCGGUCCUUUAAUGGUGAAUGAAGGUGGUCGCUGGACUCAAGUGGGUGUCGUGUCGUGGGGAAUUGGUUGCGGUAAAGGUCAAUACCCCGGCGUUUACACACGCGUCACCGCCUUCUUACCAUGGAUUCAAAAGAACUCUAAAUAAAACAUCAAUUCGGGAUACACGAUACGAAAUACUUUUCAGCGGUACGAAAAGUUCAAAAAACACAUCAAUUAUUUUAAGAAAGAUGAUACCAUUUGUCUUUCUUAAUAAAUUGAUUUUUUUACCUACUUCCUAUUAGAAAUUGUAUGUGCCAAUUUAGGAUAUAAUAAAAUAAUUGUGUACCUUGAAA